CCAAUUAAUUACCUGUAACUAAUUUACCUAACUUAGCUCAUAUAUUAAUUCUUAGCUUCGAUCAUGGCGGAAAAUCGAACCAACAAAAACAUUACAAACGGCAUCGUUUUCGAGGAUUUCUUACCUACAAUGGUGGAAAAGCUUGGCGAAGAAGGGUUUAUGAAGGAAUUAUGUAAUGGGUUUCGAGUAUUAAUGGAUGAACAAAAAGGGUUGAUCACGUUUGAGAGCUUGAAGAAAAAUUUAGAAAUAUUAGGGUUAAAUGGUAUGAGUGAUGAAGAAGUAGCAGAAAUGUUGAAAGAAGGAGAUUUAGAUAGAGAUGGUUGUUUGAAUCAAAUGGAGUUUUGUGUUUUAAUGUUUAGGUUAAGUCCUGGUUUAAUGGAUAGUUCUAGAAGGUGGCUUCAACAAGCUCUUGCUAAUAGAGUCAUUUGAUUAAAUUUUAUUUUAUUGUAUUUAUUUAUUUGUUUUUUUUAGAGCGGAAUGUUAGCAAGAAUCAAAUUCUAGAAUCUAGAAUUUUAUUUGAUUGCAGUGUUUUGUAAUUUGUUAGGGUAUGUUAGUUUAAAUCAUGUAUUAUGAUCUUAUGUCAUGAUGUAAUUGUGAGUGUUGUAUUUUAUAUCUUAAAUUCACGUAUAAUU